CUUACUUAUCUCUUACUUUAAGCCCUGACUGAGUCUCCAUCUUCUUCUUCUUCGUCUUCUUUCCUUGGCCUUCACCAUCUCUUCUCCGUUUUGAAACUCUCUUUUUUUCAUAAUUUUGCGAGAAAUUAUGUCUUUCCAUCUAAGAUUCUUUUUGUACAUAUAAUAUGUUUUGUGAUUUAUCAAGAGAGGCUUCUCCAAAAGAUGAAAGAAGCAUAGAAUCAAAAGAGAGACUGUUUCUCUAUUCUUCUGUUUUUGUUUUGAUCAUUUUUUCUUAGAUUACAGAAAAGUUGAAGUGGAGAUUGUUCUAAUUCGGCUUCUUCAAUCUUCACAUAUUUUUCCGGUAAUCAAGUUUACGGAACGAAAGACAAGUUUGCGAUUUUGUGAGCUCAUCACCAUGGCAAUGAAAAUGAAGGGCAUCUACAAAGGCUUCAAAUGUAUCUCUCAAAUAUUUGCCGUCGAGAAAGAGAGUGAUGAAAUAGAAAUUGGGUUUCCAACAGAUGUCAAACAUGUGGCUCAUAUUGGCUGGGAGGGUUCCUCAGGUAGUGCUCCUGGUUGGAUGAGUGAGUUUAAGGUUGGAGCUGACGUUUUAUCUCCAAGAGCAUCAUCUUUUAGUAAUGCAAGACCUUCGACUUCUUUCUUCACUUCUUCUUCCACUGAGUUUGAUCAAGGAUCGAGUCAACGAACAAUAUCGGAUACACUUAGAGAUCUACCUCCAGUUACUCCGAUAAAUUUACCAAAAAUUAACAACAAGAAAAGUAGUAGAAGAAAAAAGUCAUCUUCAUCAUCAUCAUCUCCAAAAUCUUCAAGAUCAUCUAUUUUAUCUAAAUCUUCGUAUAAAUCAACUGUUUCACGACUAAUAUAAAACAUAUUACAUAUAAUAAUAGGUGCAAGAAAAAAAAUCAGAAGUUUAAUCGCCUUUGUCCAUACUCACGGUCACGGGGAUGAUUUUUUGCUAAUUUUUUUUUUUUCAUAUAUGUAGACAUGUUGUAGUGUUUGGAGCUUGAAUGUUUUCAUGUAAAUUUAAAGAAAACUAGGGAAGAAAAAUCAAAAAAAAAAAAAAAAAAGGCAAGAAAAUUUGUGUGAAAUAGUGGUGAACUUGUGUCGUAAAAUUAAUUUCUUGGUCAAUUUACAAUAUUUCUC